AGGGGCCGCCCUUGCUAGAGGAGGCGAGAGCUGCGCGUGCGCGGUACCUGAAGGCUGCCGAAGAUGACGCUCGCCAAGCAGGUCUACCGAGUGCUUUUACGCCGCAGCGCUACCUUCGCUCUCACGGUCGUGGUGGGCGCCUUGCUCUUCGAGCGAGCCUUCGACCAGAGCGCAGACUCCAUCUUCGAGCAGGUUAACAAGGAGAAACUCUGGAAGCACAUCAAGCACAAGUACGAAGAGCCACGUGACGAGUGAAGCAGAAAUGGCUGGAUUCCUGAUGAACCUUCUGUGAUCUUCACUACAAGCUCUUCUUCUUGACCACCAACUGCUGUGGCAGAAAAUGUUUGUCCAUAUGUGGCAGUUUGAUCCAGAGUGCAUCCUCUCAAGAACAAGCUACCUGGGCUUAUGAACUUAUUUUGCUGUGAAAUGUAGCUUAAUAAAAUACAUUCUAAGA